AUGUGUCUGCUGUCAAAAAGCUCUCUGUCUGGGAAGACUCAUCCUUCCACUCCAGCUAUGUACAAGUUCAGGCCGUCCUUCGGCACCAUGCCUAAAGUUCACUACCACACCGCUGGAGAGAAGAUCGUCCUGCCGGAUGAGAGAAAGACGUCAGCGAUCCUGGAGGAAAGCGUCCGCGGUCACGACUACCGGUCGGAGCCGAACCUGGACCUGCCCGAGUACGCCAACGCUCCGCUGCACCGCACCUUCCAGUCCUCGCCCCUGCAGCUGGACCAGGACCCCGGGGGCCCGCGCUCCCUCAGCCUGAAGACGGGCCCCCCCCCGCGGCUGGAGAAGGGCCAUCUGCGGGCCCUGCCGGCCCAGACCGUCACCUCCUCCGGCCCCUACAGGGGGGCCUUCUCCCCCAACACGCUCUCCAACCGCAACGGCAGCCUGUCCUACGACAGCCUGCUCAACCCCAGCGUCUCCCCGGCCGGCGAGUGCGUCGCCCACCGCGGCGUCGGGUUCCACUCGCCCUACCUGCCCAACAAGAUGUGCCACAUCCGGGAACCUGAGAUGCACAGACAACAGGUGGCUCCCCCCUACAGUCCGGUGAUGCCCGUGAAGGCGGCGGUGGGCCGGCAGUCUCCUCACCUCCGGGACCGGGACCGGGACUCGUCCCCGGUCCGCUACGACAACCUCUCCCAGACCAUCAUGGCCUCCAUCCAGGAGCGGAAAGAGAUGGAGGAGAGGGAGAAGAGGAAGCUGCUGCACGGGCGCUCGCAGACGCACAUCUGCGUGCAGGACUCUGCCGUGUUUGACGGGGGUUACGGCCUGAACACCAAGGUCUGCUACCCCGACGGGGGCCACGGCCCGGCCUCCAGGGGCCCGACCCCGCCGGCCUACGGCGGCUCCAGGGACAACCUGAUGGGGGUCGGGCUGCUGAGCUACGGCCAGAGAACGCCCGCCAUGCGCUUCGCCGGCUCCACCAUGGGCCGGGCCCCCCGGAGCUCGUCCACCUCCCUGCACACGGACCCCAGCAGCAGCGGCAGCAGCCAGGGCCGAGCCCCGGGCCCCCCGGGCCCCCCGGGCCCCCCCGAGGGGCCCUACUGCUCCCCCGUCCACCAGCCCCGCUCCCCGGCCAUGCCCCGCUCCCCCUCGUACUCCCACCACAAACUGUCCUACAUCAGUGCUCAGGAGAGGACGGACUCGCCGCGGCUCGGGGGCCCCAGAGAGAACAUGAAGGUUAACGGGCAGAUGGACUGCCACGUCAGCCCCAGUCGCCACGGCAACGUCAAAAAGGUGACGGGAGUCGGAGGCACCACUUAUGAAAUAUCCGUGUGAGCGAGAACUUCACCUUUUACAACGACGACGCCACUUAACUCUGCUGCAAAGGAACUGUCCACCCCGUCAGUCAGCGGGACAAACGGCCGCUCGCUCGGGGUCGCCCGGGCCGGCGGCCUCCGUUGGGGAUUCUCUUCUUUUCUUUUUUCUUAGUCCAAAUCAGUCUGAGAAGUGAAUGCUCUUAUGAAUUCAUCCUGGAACGGAAGUUUGUACGGUAUAUGUGCAAAACUGACGCGUCUUUAACAUUUCAGUGACUUGGUCGUAAGAAGGAACGGCCCGAUAAGACUGUCAACGCCUCUCAGCUGUGGUCAUGAGUUCAUUUUCUCUUUUUUUUUAAUUAAAUGUCACAAACAAACUUCACUCGUGUAAAAGGUUGUGAGCUAAACUAAAACUCUACCGGUUCCGGACGGAUUGAUGCCAAGAUCCUGCCGUGAGAGGGGCCUUUUACCGAGUCACGCGACUUCUUCAAGGUGCUUCACGUCCACUUUUACCCGCUCGUGUCGUCUCUGGCGUUUCACGGCGAAGGUUUACGGCUCUGAGAAGUGACGUGACGUGCACGUGGAGGAAAUACAAGGAAGAGACGAGGAAGAGGAAUACUUUUCUCAGGAUUAAAUCAGCCAGAAAAGAUACUCGUUGACGUGAAUGUUGUUCCGUUGGGAUGGAGGGAGGAAGGUUUUAGGGGUUGGCAGGGGCGUCAAUUUGGUAUGAAGGUACGGCAGCCUCGGCUUCAAGGGAAAAUGUAAAUGUUUGUUUUUUUAAAUACGUUUAUGGAAUUACUCUGUGUCUAUUUGUAUUGAUUAUUCUAUUACUUAAUACAUAUAGAACAGGGAUCGGCAACCCAAAAUGUUGAAAGAGCCAUAUUGGACCAAAAACACAAAAAACAAAUGUCUGGAGCCGCAAAAAAUUAAGUCUUGUAUAAGCCUUAGAAUGAAGGCAAAUGGCGAAAGGUGAAAUGUCGAGAAAAAAGUCGAAAUGUUGAGAAAAAAGUCGAAAUGUUGAGAAAAAAGUCGAAAUUUCGAGAAAAAAGUCGAAAUGUCAAGGAAAUAGUCGAAAUUUGGAGAAAAAAGUUGAAAUGUCGAGAUUAAUGUUGAAGUACAAUCUCGAGAAAAAAGUCGAAAUGUCAAGAAAAAAGUCAAAAUUUUGAGAAAAAAGCCGAAAUGUUGAGAAAAAAGUCGAAAUGACGAGAAAAAAGUCGAAAUUUGGAGAAAAAAGUCGAAAUUUGGAGAAAAAAGUUGAAAUGUCGAGAUUAAUGUUGAAGUACAAUCUCGAGAAAAAAGUCGAAAUGUCAAGAAAAAAGUCUAAAUGUCGAGAAAAAAGUCAAAAUUUCGAGAAAGAAAGAAAAGAAGAUAAAGAAAAAAGGAAAAAAAGAAGAAAAAAAGAGAAAAAAGGGGAAAAAAGGUAAAAAAAAAAUUAAAAAAAAGAAGAAAAAAAGGAAAAAAAAGGUCAAACAUUUCUGAAAAAGCCCCAGGAGCCACUAAGGCGGCGUUAAAGAGCCGCAUGCGGCUCUAGAGCCGCGGGUUGCCGACCCCUGAUAUAGAAUAACUACAAAUGCAAAUCAGAACAACAUGAUCGAUUUCACUAGUUAUUAUACACUGCAAAAACUCAAAAUCUUAACAAGAAUAUUUGUCUCAUUUCUAGUUAAAAUGUCUAAUUUUUAGUCAAAAAUAAUCUCAUUACAUUUAAGACAAGACUCAAAAACAACCAUUUUCACCUGUUUCAAGUAGAUUUUCACUUAAAAUAAGUCAGUGGAACAAGACUUUUUUUGCUUGUAAUGAGAAGAUAAAUCUUGUCCCACUGGAUGAUUUUUUUACUUAUUUCAAGUGAAAAUUUACUUGAAACAGGUGAAAAUUGUUUGUUAUUUUUCUGGUAAUGACUCUUGUUUUAAGUGUAAUGAGAUUUUUUUGACUAAAAAUGAGACAUUUUAAC